GCCGCGGGAUCCGGAGCCGCCGCGGCUGGCACCCGGCAGGGCGGGGCGCCUCCACCGGAGCCGCACGGCGCCGGCCGACGCGCUGCCGGGGUCGCCCCGGGACAUGGCCCAGGCGGCGGGGACGGCUGGCGGGCGCUGCGCCCCGGGCGGGAGGUGGGCGGCCUGAGCUGCGGGACGCAGGAUGCGCUUCGACGGCGCGGCCCCCGGGCCGGCGGCGCCGCUGUGCGGGGCACUGAGCCUGGUGCUGGGAGCGCUGCUGGGCAAAGUGUUAGAGGCCCGCGGGGCCCCCGACGGCAGCCAGCGGUUCUCCUCGCUGCCCCCCUACCUGCCCGUGAGCUACCGCGUCCUGGGGGCAGAGACCGCCUUCUUCCUGCGGGAGGCCCGCCGGGACUUCUCACGCAACUGCAGCCUGCGGUCCAGGGCGGAGCCCUUCUUCACCUACAGAGCCCGGAGGCCCCCGCUGCUGAACGCCAGCUAUGGUCCUUUCUCGGUGGAGAAGGCCGUGCCUCUGGACUCGACGUCCACCUCGAACUCUCUGGGCCCGACCGAUAAGUUUGGUUUCGACUGGACGCUGAAGGCCCACGUGCUUCAGGACAGCGUCUACCCGUCCCAGCCCACUGUGCAGGUCCUGUUCCAGGUCGUGGGCCGAGACUGGGCCGAGCGCAGCCCCGAGGAGGAGCGGCUGCCUUGCCUGAGCGUGUUCGCCUUCCGGGAGACGCGGGCGGUGCGGGGCGGCUGCCGGCCGCAGGGCGAGCUGGGGCUGUGCGUGGCCGAGCUGCGGCUGCUGGCCGGCUGGUUCAGCGCCCCCACGGUGGUGGCCGGCCGGAGGAAGCCGGGGCCCGCGGCUGAGGGCAGCGCCGUGGAGCUGUACUAUGCCGUGCACGCGGGUGACGCGCACGGGGACUGCGCCGGCGGGGACAUCAGGAAGGGCAACGCCAUCCGCCCAGGGAAGGGCGGCCUGGAGGACGGCGUGUCCCACCUGCAGAGGGUCGGCACUGUGGGCCUGCACCAGGCCCCGGACAGCAGUGACCAGCUCAGCGAGCUGCGUCUGGACGGCAAUGUGGCCAUCUGGCUGCCCUCCCGUCCAGUCAAACAAGGGGACGUGGUGACGGCCUACGUCACUGUCGCCAGCAACGCCACCGUGGACCUCUUCAUCUUGAGGGCCAAGGUGAAGAAGGGCGUGAACGUCCUGAGCGCCCGGAGCAGCGAGCCGCAGCUGUGGGACGUCCGGCAGGAGGUGGGAGACGGCGGGAAGCACGCCACCGCCACCGUGGUGUGCCAGCGCCUGGGGCCCGGCAGUCGCGAGGGAGGCAGCGUUUUGUUCCGUGAGGUGGUGCAGAUGAACUUCGAGAUCGCCAGCUUCAGCAGCCUGUCGGGGACACAGCCUAUCACCUGGCAGGUCGAGUACCCACGCAAGGGAACCACGGACGUCGCCGCGUCUGAGAUCUUCAUCAGCCAGAAGGACCUGGUUGGCAUCGUGCCCUUAGCCAUGGACACGGAGCUUCUGAACACGGCCAUACUCACCGGGAAGACAGUCACCCUGCCCGUCAGGGUGGUGUCCGUGGAGGAGAACAGUGCGGUGACCGACAUCUCGGAGUCCGUGGAAUGCAAGUCUGCAGACGAGGACGUCAUCAAAGUGUCCGACCGCUGCGACCACGUCUUCGUCAAUGGCAAAGAGGUGAAGGGUAAGGUGGAUGCGGUGGUGACCUUCACCUACCAGCACCUGCGCGCACCCCUGCACGUCACGGUGUGGGCGCCCCGGCUGCCGCUGCACAUCGAGGUCUCCGACACGGAGCUGAGCCAGGUCAAGGGCUGGCGGGUCCCUGUCGUGGCCAGCAGGAGGCCCACGCGGGACAGCGAGGAGGAGGAGGAGGAGGAGCGGCGGGGCCGGGGCUGUGCCCUGCAGUACCAGCACGCCACCGUGAGGGUCCUCACCCAGUUCGUGUCCGAGGGCGCCGGCCCCUGGGGACAGCUGAGCUACCUGCUGAGUCCCGACUGGCAGGUGGACAUCACGCACCUGGUGGCCGACUUCAUGAAGGUGGAGGAGCCCCACGUCGUCACCCUGCAGGACGGCGGGGUCCUGGUCGGGCGGGAGGUCGGGAUGACCACCAUCCAGGUGCUGUCUCCGCUGUCCGACUCCAUCCUGGCGGAGAAGACGGUCACCGUGCUGGAUGACAAAGUGUCGCUGGCAGACCUGGCCGUCCAGCUCGUGGCGGGACUGUCUGUCACCCUGCAUCCCGGCGCGGAGAGCUGGGGGGCCAUCACAGCGGUGGCCACGGCCGAGGAGAUGCUGCGGGCCCCCAAACAGGAGGCCGUGGUCAGCACUUGGCUGCAGUUCAGCGACGGCUCCGUGACGCCCCUGGACAUCUACGACACCGAGGACUUCACCCUGACAGCCACCUCCCUGGACGAGGCCGUGGUGUCCGUCCCCCAGGCCCACCCUCCCAGGUGGCCCGUCGUGGUGGCCGAAGGGGAGGGCCAGGGGCCUCUGCUCCGCGUAGACCUGGCCAUCGCGGAGACCUGCCAGAAAUCCAAACGCAAGAACGUCCUGGCAGUGGGUGUUGCCAACGUCAAGGUCACAUUUGGCCAGAACAACGCAGACUCCAGCCCUGGAGGGGAGAGCAGCGAGGCCGAGAUCAAGAACCACGCCAGUGACCGGCGCCCCAAGGGCCAGGACCCUGAGCGCACCAGCCAGGACGGGCUCCUCCCAGGCAGCCCAUCGCUGAGGCGUGAGGAGGGGGCACACAGGGGUGGCCCCACGGCCAAGUCGCUGCUGGACAACCCGGUGGCCGAGCACAGCCAGCUGGACGGGGGCCGGCCGCCAGGGGGGGCUCUGCUGCAGAACAUCCCCCUCGACGUCAGCGACUUCCCGGCGCCCGCGGAGCUCCCGCAGGCCGGGCCCGGGGACGGCGGCCUGGCGCAGACGGCCCGCGGCCUGAGCGACCUGCAGAUCGGCAUGUACGCCCUCCUGGGCGUCUUCUGCCUGGCCAUCCUGGUCUUCCUCAUCAACUGUGCCGCCUUCACCCUCAGGUACCGGCACAAGCAGGUGCCCCUGGAAGGCCGGGCCUCUGUGACCCACUCACAUGACUGGGUGUGGCUGGGCAACGAGGCCGAACUCCUGGAGAGCACGGGCCAGGGGCUGCCGCGGCCCGACGAGCACACGACCACCCUGGACCGCAGGCUGGGGGCCUGUGAGGGCGGCGGCCGCCUCCUGCUCAAUGGCGGCUCCUCCCGGAAGCAGGCGCUGGACCCCGGCCCGGGGCCCAGGCUGGCCGAGCUGGGGCGCAGGCAGGGCCAGGACCAGAAGCACGAGCCCCUGCACUCGCCCACCUCCAAGAGGAAGAAGGUGAAGUUCGCCACCUUCAGCACCAGCCUCCCGGACGACAGCUGCCCCACCGCGAACUGCACCCUCGGGGGCAAUGAUGAGGACAUCAAGUGGGUGUGCCGGGACCUGGGCCUGGGCGCCCCCAGAGAACCCAGAAGCUACCUGGAGAAGUUCAAGGACAAAGCGUAGGCCCCGAGGGCCCCGUGCUUGCCCGCCCCUGCCCCCGUGACUUCCAGGGUGGACCUGGGCCCCUGGCACAGAGCUCGCGAGUCGGUGGGGGUUGAGCGAGGGCCCUAAAAGACCUGCUCGGGUUUGGAAGCCACAAAGGGACCUUUUUUGUCAUCGAAGGGUUUUUAGCAGAGGAUGAGGGCAGAGCUGUGUGGGAAGGACGGUGGGGAUGCAGGGGACUGAGGCACGGCGCCGCGCCAGGCCGAGAGAGGGAGCUUGUUUCACAAGUCCCAGUAGGGCCCCGUCAAGCUACCAAAAACGACUUGUAGAAAAAUGCAGAGACCAAUAAAAAGACGGAAAUCGUCACUGGUUUAUAUUUCUAAUGUAGGAGCGUGAUGGAAAACCAGGGCCAGCUAAGAGACAGUUCCAUUGUCCCAGUUCAGUGGCCCCUUUCCUGGGGGCGGCCCACGCGGGGCUGGGGGGACAGGUGUCUGGGGGUCUGUCACCUCUGGGGACAGCCUGAGCAUUCCGGGAUCUUCCUUGCUCACCUUCCCUUUUUCUGUAUUUUCUUUUUCCCUUUUAUC